AUGAAUCAGGAUCAACAACUCUCACAAGCCGACUUCGAAGAAUUGUUUGGAACAGCUGAUUCAGCACAGCCUGUCUUUUUGUCAAACGACAGCGACAUAUUUGAUGAGCUCGGAUUUGCAUACGAAGAAGACUGUAUUGUACCUGCUGAUUCAUCAAACCCCUCCGCAAUCUCGACCCCCAACUUCUCCGACUACGACUUCGGCCAGAACGCCGCAGUGUACCCGACCCCUGGGCCAAACUCACCACAUCCGUACCCACUAGAGCUGCAACGAGUUCAUCCAGCGAUAAUUGAUCAGCAAGACUACAAUCACCGUCCCCGUCCUACACGAUCUCAAACGAAUAAUGCCUACAACUAUCCAGCACAGCUGCCACAAUGCUACGGUCAUCGUCGUCGAUCGUUGAGUACUAGCGACGCGAAUCGAAUCGCUGCAAGUAAUAGCAUCAACAACCCAACUUUCAUUCGCCUUCAAGCACCACGCGCGAGAUCGAGUACACCAGAAGACAGGAGAAGGAAUGGUCUAUACUACCGGCAUGGAAGGAGUGCAAGUCAAGGUCCCGCGCAAGGAGACAGACCAACGAACCCGACAAGUACACCAUACCAUAUCUACAGUGACUCGUUGGUAGGUGGCCUGUUACCAACACCCAUUGGCACACCACUAAACGAGUUGGCCGACAUUGAAGAAUUGAAUUACCGCACUGGCACAACUGUUCAUACAGUCCACUCGGAAGGCCCGGUGUUUCGACACAUGAGACGCCCUGACGAAAUGGCACGAAGCAGGCGCAUCAUUGAGAUUGGCGCUCUCGUCGUUUCCAAUCGGUCCAAACUGGAUCCUAGACUUGAGCCGCUUAGUCCGACUGCGGAUCGCGCACGAAUCCUGGAGAAGCUGGGCGAUAUCGAAGAACAUCUUAGGAACAAGGAAUGUAAAGAAGCGCUCCCAGCGUCGGACAACACAGUAGAGGUCUGUUCAGAAGCGCCUGGCAAGGAGCGCCUGGAAACGCAAUGCGAUACGUACGACGAUCAUGACGACAACGAGAUCAUGGAAAUGUUGAUGAGAGAGAAUGGCGUUGCUGGACAAGACGAGCUCAGCCAUGAUGCAAAGACUCUGGAUACAUGUGUUUACAGUAUUGAUCCUCGAGUGUUCAUGGAGAGGGAAGAGUUGGCGACGGCGCUUGAGAGGUCAAACCUUGAGAGCAAGUGUGUAGCACCUCUAAUUGUGGCUUCCGCGAUCGCACGAUUCGUAGCUGCGGAAGUUGCGCCGGAGAUCACCACCGUUGCAGAAGGCUACAACGUGAUUGCCAAGCUCCCAUGUAUUGGCUGCCCGUUCCUACACCAGGACACGUCACAAGGCAGCGAUGCACCAUGGACUGAGAGGAAAGAUAAUAACGCUCUGCUGCUGAACAUCUCUCUCCCAUACGACUCAUCGCGAUUGAACAUCAACAAUGCUCCACUGCUAGCAGACUCAAAGAUUCUGCCGCGGAUAUACGUCAAUCAAGUCUUGUUGGACACGUCGAAAGACGAUGUCGAUAAGCUUGUUGAAUCCAAUCAGCUCGACAACCUUGGAGGUGCUUACUUUGGCGCUUCAUACUCCUACUCGUUACGUCGUCUCAAGGAGUCCAACGCGCUGCUAUUCUACUUCGAUGUCAUGGAGAUGUGGACUGAUCUGACCUCUCCACAUCUUACCAUCAUCAUGGACAAGGAGGAGCAGAAGGUUUUGGAAGUCGUGCUUCUACAGCGUCCCUUGCUCUCAGCUGGCGACCAUGCGAGCGCGUACGGAAUCAUCCGUGCUUCACUCGUUCCACGUAAAGAUAUCAAAAAACCGAUGAAAAUGCACAUGUGGUUCCACGACUGGGAUGCCAAUGGCAAGAAAGGCACAGCGACACAUAUGGUCAAUUCGGCUUCGUCAUCCUUUAUCGACUACAUCAGCUCUGGCAUCUGGUCUUUGUUCAUAUUUAUUCUUGCAGUCAUGGCGCUGUUCGUCAUUGUGUGUUUGUUUAUCAUCUUUGGGUGUGGAUUGCAUAAAGACGACUACGAACAGGCGCAGCAUGGCAAACGCAAAAGUGGUGGAAGGAAUGAUAUAGAGUCCGUGCGGAGGUUCAGGACACCCGAAGAGCUGGGACUCAGAGGCAGUGGAAGGGUGGUUGGAGUUGGGAAGAGCGAUUGA